GCCAGCACUGCUAGCUUCUGUCGUCUAGCCAUGGCACUCCUACUAGCUUCAUUCCUAUUGGCAUCCAUUUCCGUCGCCUCUCCUACCUCUACCAAAGCAUCAGCAUGCACUGCUACCUUGAAUGGCAAACUCCCCAGCCAAACUCCCGUUGACUUCGAAUUCAACGGUAAUGUACGCAAGUACUAUAUCGCUGCCGAAGAGGUGGUUUGGGAUUACGCCCCCAGUGGAUGGGACAACAUGCUCGGGCUCCCCCUGGACGUUUCCCCUCGAGCCCAAGCAGCAGGAUACACCCAGUACGGCACCAAGUGGAAGAAAGCUGUCUACCGGGGGUACAAAGACGCCAGCUUCACCGAGCAGACCCCCCAGCCUCCAUGGCAGGGCAUCCAGGGUCCCACUCUCCGCUCUGAAGUCGGCGACAUGAUUGAGAUCCUUUUCAUCAACCGCCUUCCCCAGCACUACGCGACCAUGCAUUCCAUGGGUCUUUCUUACACCAAGGAAUACGAGGGCUCUCUCUACCCAACCGGUAGCCGGAACUCGACUCCUGCCCCCGGCGACGCAGUCGCCCCAGGUGGAUGCGCCGUAUACAAGUGGGUUGUUCCUGAAAGCGCGGCGCCCCCUGCCGGGCAGCCCUCUCACAUGCACGGGUACCACAGCUACAUCAGCAUGUUGGAGGAUCUCAACGCCGGGCUCGCCGGGCCGCAGAUUACCUACGCACGAGGCAAGAUGGAACACACCGUGUCUCACUACCACGAGGUCCCGCUGUAUUUUAUGGGUUUCGACGAGUCGAAGUCGAUUCUCACAGCGACGAACAAGCAAUCCCUCACUAACUCGAGUGCGACGCUGAAUGCGACCGCGAGAGUCUUGGGUGGAUUGGCUGCGUACGGAAAUAGCAGCUAUUGGCGCCCGCAACUGGUCAACUCGCUCGGUGCGGCUGGAUUGGAUGAUGCCCCGAUGUUCUAUGCGCUGAAUGGGUAUGUGAUGGCCAACAGCGCGCCGUUUGAAUUCUGUUUGAAUGAUGAGGUGAUUUGGUAUGUUUAUGCCCACGGAACUGAGCCUCACACCUUCCAUAUGCACGGCCAUGGGUUCCAAACGGGUGGAAUAAAUAAAGACGCCAUCUCUAUUAAUGAUGGUGAAAUGUUCUCCCUGUUCAUGAAGGCAACCACUCCUGGUACCUGGCAGGCCAUCUGCCAUGUGGAUGAUCACCUCAUGGGUGGCAUGGUCGCUUAUUAUACCGUGUCGGAUACAAAGUGCCCGAACAAGGACAUAGGAGGUAUAAUGGAAUCCGUACAGCUUUAGAUUAGUAUCGGACAGGAUGUCCGUGGUGUUGUAUCGCGGGUGGUGAGGAUUGAGCCAGCAUCAAUGUCGCCCUUUCUGACUGCCGUGUAUAUUCCAUGGAUGACGGUCGCUACAGGGGUUGCCAUGUUCAUAUACUGUUCAUUGACUGGUUGGUAAUGUACGUGGGUAAUCUUUAGCUUGUAAUUCAAUAGUGAGAACACUAAACAUACUACAAUUUACUAAAUUCAUCCCCCA